AUUAUCAAACUCCAAGUAGGUAGAGUUGAUUAUUCUUUUUCCAAUUCAUCUUUCAAUCCUACGACCUAUGUUGACAUGGAGGCCCAAAAUCGCUUCCACCAAGCCCUGCAACCGCUGAAACGGCUUUCUUCUUAUAUCUCGAGAGGGUUAAUUGCAGCCUCAUAUCCUCUUCAAGGUAUAUACUACUUCUUACGUCAUCCGGCAUAUUAUCCUCUGUUUCUCGGUCGACUGCUCCCUCUUUCUAUCAUAUCGUUCCUGGUAUACACAAUUCUCUUUAUGUUUGCAUUUUUGCCCCAGUAUGCAUUUUUAGCCAUUUUCCACGGUUGGGGCGCGUGGAUCAACGCCGUGGUGUUGGUGCUAGGUGAGGGCCUAGUUAUCAUCCAAGGGUUGUUUGAGGGCUUCUUCGUGGAUGAAUGUCGCGUAGAUGUUUUUGACGCAACUCUCAUUGAUCAAGGUCUGGAGCAUCUCGUUGUGCCGCAUCGAUUACUAUUCCCAGACGCCCCCAACUCCGUCAAGAAACUAGGAAAGCCAACCAGCGCCGCUGUUUACCAACCAUGGAGUUUAAUCCAGAUCGUCGAGUUAAUUGUGUUCCUACCUCUCAACCUUAUCCCCAAGGUCGGUGUCCCAGCUUUCAUCAUAAUUACGGGCGCCCGACUGGGAACAUUUGCGCAUUACAGGUGGUUUGAAUUGAGGGGCUUAACGAAGAAGGAGCGUAAGCAAGAGAUUAGGAGUAGAAUGUGGGAGUACACGUGGUUCGGCACCGUGGCCAUGAUACUUGAGCUCAUACCCAUUCUAUCUUUCUUCUUCCUUCUUACUUCAACAACGGGCGCUGCCCUCUGGGCUGCGAAACUCGAGCGGCAAGCAAGAGGAGAAUUGCAUUCCUCUGGCCCUACUAUUACUCCCGCUUCUGCUCCGGCGCAGCAGGGAGACCCGCACGAGCAUGGUCCCGACGAGCCUCCUCCGCCCUAUGUGGAUAACCCUGUAUAAUUAAUUAUGUGCGGUCGGUGCAGAUUGUCUAAUGAUGAAUUUUAUGAACAACUACGAACUUAGCCUUGCUUUUUUCGGCGUUGGUACCUAAUUACAGUUGAGAUAUAAUAAGUAUUAAGUAUAACCUAUACUGAAGGUCUCACAGAUGCACAUGACUUACUAAAAUCGUUACGUCUAUUGAACUGUUCAAUGGGGGAUAAUGGGGGGUCUAUUCUAAAAAGUGUUACUCCUCUUUAGCUGCUACUAGGUACCGAGGUAGCUAUCAGGUUAAUUUCAAGCAGUCUUGACUCUGACGCACACAUUUAUG